GUUUGUGUAUGUGCGUGCCCCAUGAUGCACUGGCAUCCCAUCCAGAGUGUAUCCUGCCUUGUGCCAGUAGCUUGCCAUGUAAGCCUCUAAUGUCCACUAUGGUCCUGUGCUGGAUGAAAUAGUUAAAAACAAGCUGUCACAGCUGUCACAUUAUAUUAUAUACAGAAUGACUGACUUCCAGAGCAAUUAGAGAGAGGGUCUUUUUGCACUUCACAGGAAGGUCUCAGUGUCACCAUUACGAAGAGUCAGAAAUAGAACUCUAACAUGUGAUCCCUAGUCUGAAAUCUUGACACUUAACAGUUUCUAAAAAUAAUCACACUGCUCCAGGCAAUGUGCAGUUAGCUAGCAGCUGAUCUGUACUCUCUACAUGCAAUAGAUGCAAAUAGAAUCACAUGGACUGUGGUAAACAAUGAAGACCUUAAAAUUUCUCUCCGCAGUGAGUUUUGUGCAGAACAGCCAAAAUGCCCAGCAGAACCUGCAGUGCAUCUCUCACAAUCUGUAUGGACUACUUUUCAAAGCUAGUUAUUUGGAAGAGAAGGCUGAUGUCAUUCACGAUCUUGUUCAGAACUGGCCCUUGACGGAGCUGAAUCUAGGAAAACUCCUGGGAAAAACCGUGGAUUGCGAAGAGGAUUUAACGGGCUGGACCUGCCGUGGUUGCCUGGAAGCCUGUCUGAAUGGCUUGAAAGACUAUGUUCUUAGCAGUUCUACUACUUAUGCUAAGAUACUCCGUUCAGUGGACCUCACUGGAAUAAAGGAUGUCGAACACCAGUUUUGUAAGUGCAAAACAUCUUUGGGGAAAUGGGCUCGAACGGAGAUGGUAGCCAGAAUCUGUUAUGAUUUACUUGUGGCAUUGCAGUCUGAGAAAAUUCAUCUAUCAGUGUUUGACAUUUCCAUUGACAUUGCAAUGUACAUAUUUGUGACCAGUCGGAGUUAUGAGAUUGUGGUACAAGCCCUCUUACUGAGGUGCCACUGUCCCUUGAAGAUAAGAUGUGUGGGCUUCAGGGCAGACAGCCUGGCUUUGACAAAACUGUUUUACAUCAUCAAACUUGUUGAGCCCCUUUCGUUGCAGAAGCUCGAGAUCGUUCACAAUGUCCCCUUAGAAAUGACGCACGUGGAGGUGCUGCUCUCACAUGUUUCAUUUUCGAAACUGAGAUCGCUGACUCUUCCAGCCAAGACAUUUGAUGUUCGCAGGAUGGGACCCAAUGAUGAGGGCGUCUUAUCCCAUAUCGGGGAGCUACUGAGUCAUCUCACUCAUCUCGUUGAGCUGCAAAUUGCGUUUUCAACACUCACUGGUCGAAUUCGGAAACUGCUUAGCCCGCUCAACACACCACUUCAGUUGCUGGAGGUCGCCAGCUGUGGGCUGAACCACGCGGACAUGGCUUACCUGGCCAACAGCAUUCAUGCCGAACACCUGGAGAGCCUGGACCUCAGUGGCCAUGAUGUCACAAGUCUCUUCCCCUCCACUUUCUUCAAGCUCCUGAUCCGCGCCUCUCUCACCCUGAAGAGCCUCACUCUGGAGGAGUGCAACAUCGAGGACAGCCACGUCAACAUGAUGAUACAGGCCCUGCUGCCGUGCAGGAAGCUGAGGGAGUUCAAGUUCCUGGGUAACCCUCUGAGCUCUCGGGCACUGAGACACCUCUUCACCGUGUUCCCUGAUUUCCCUGUCCUCAGAUACAUUGAGUUCCCGGUGCCUAGGGACUGCUAUCCUGACAGUGUGGCCUACCCGCUGGAUGAGGCCUCACUGGUUAGAUAUGAUAAAAGGAAGUACGAGGAAAUCAGAGCGGAGCUUCUGUUCAUUUUGCUCCAGGCAAACCGUGGCGACAUUGUGGCAAGUACACCCCUUUUCGGCACGUUUGACCCGGAUAUUCACGAGACGAGCAGUGAGCUGGGGGUUUUCAUGCUGCAGUCCUUCCGGGAUGCACUCACCCACUUCAUGGAGAGCAUUUCACCGCUGGCUGAGGAAUGAAGAAAGAAUAAUAGGAAGUUCCCAGACCUUGGUUUAGACCAAAGGCCCCCCUGUUUUUGUCUCUUUAUAGUAGCAGCCCGGGUAGAGGUGGGAGACGUUAUUCAACUGGUCCAGUUAAGCCAGUAACGAACUGGUUCAGAUCGUUCAGAGCUGAGUUGAGGUGAAAACACGCAGACACACCAGCACUCCAGGACACGGAUCGGACAUCCCUGUGUUAGAGGCUCACAAUACGCAUUUCUGACGGCAGGUCUUCAGAUGUAAAAGUGAAAAAGACUAUUGCGUAAAAACAUUGGCAUUACACAUUUUUGAAAACAGUAACAUUUUGUAUGCACUGAUGACAUUAUCUGCUACUGCUUUUUUUUGUAAAAUGUUUGUGCAAAGUUUCUGUUACAUCAUGAAAUGUUCCAUUCAUAAAAACCCUAUCAUACACCUGGGCCAACUGGCACAUUGAGAUAGGGACUCCGUGCAGACUUGCUUGGGCUGUAUCUCCCAGCCCCCGUUGAUUUUUCAGUCAGGCACACCCCACAUGAGCUCCUUCUUUAAUUCCCUGUCUGUUCAGUUUCCAACACUGAGCCAACGCUCAAGCGUUUUUCUUUUUUUCAUCGCGGUAAGAGCGCUGAGUAGACCGGGAAUCCUUUUUCCCUCCUACCGUCGUUCCCUAAGGCUGCAUUUAUUCUCCUCCCCAGGAUGUCCACCUCAGACACGAAGGGAAACUUCACUUCCCCCCCCAUUCCUCAGAGUCCCGCUGAGCUCCUACACUUGGAGCUCGGCUUGCCAUUCAUCAGCGUCCCUGUACGUCAGGGACAGGAUCAUAACCUCCUGUGCUUCUGUUAUUAUUUGAGACACUUUAAGUCAAAGCUUUAUCUUCACUGUUGAAAGGAACAGUUUUUUUAGAACAGGAGUCUAAAGCUCAAUUCCUGGAGGACUUAGUGUCUUCUGGCUAUUAUUCCAGCCAGAGCAGUCAAUUAAACACUUAACCUAAUCAUUUUCUUGGACAUAUACAAAAUUUGUCUUAAGAUUUUUCACAACCUGUUGCAUUCAUCAACUUCAUUAAAUGUUUCCUAUAAAACGCCUCAGAGCCUGUUUCACCAACCACAUAUCAGAGAAAUGGAGUGGAACAAAUCCCAGCAGACACUAGGCCCUGUUAGCCUUUGGCCUUUUUUCUUGGCAUUUGCCUCUUUUCUUGACAUUUGUAACAGCCAUAAUAUAAUAAUCACUUAAGGCAAAAAUAAGCGUGUUACAGUAUAGUUCUGGGAGGCAAGUACUGUAUUACAUUAAGUGAUUAGUACAUCUAGGCAAAAACUUCAUGGAGUAUUUUUAUAGGAUUGAACAAUUAUUACAUGAAUGGCAACAUUUCAAUCAUAUAGUAACAGAAUCUGAUCAUGUUAGGAAGGCUUAUUUCUUUGUUAAUUCAGGCUUUGGAAUUGAUAUAGUUUAUUAUUUAUCAAACAGAAAAGGAAGAAAUAUGAUUUAAUGAGCUUUAGGUUUGAUCUGUGUAAGUCUAUGUAAUCAACAACAAAACUACGGUGAUAUGUCCAGAGGAGGUGUCUCUGUCAGACUGUCUGAAGACACUUGCUAAGCAUUUUUUAAUGCUUAAAAAUAAGGCAUCUACAUUGCUAUAAAAGGGAUGGAAUAUUAUAUGUUUUAGUAACCCUAUUUUGCAUACUUUCCAUUGUAGCCAUUUCAUUAGGUCAAAGAAAUUGAACAUAAUAAUUCAAAACAUUUUGGCAAACCUCUGAGCUUAGCCUCUGCUGUAUUCCUCUUGUAACAGAGCAUGUAUUGUAUGCUCCUUGGCCACCCAUGUUUUGAAAAAAAAUGCUUUUGUUGUUGUUUUACUUGCUAUAUUAUGUCAAUUGUAUUUUGUGGUGAAAUGGGGAAAGAAGACAUGGUACUGAAGUCAUCUGGAUAAAACUGCCCUCAUUAAAAAAGAAAAACCCAAAGAAGGACCA